CAGUCUUGGUUAUUUGUUUAUGGUAGCAAGAAAUAUGCCUUUUGAGGCAAUCUGAAUUGCCAAUCUACCAAACCUUUUCAAUGCCUUCAAAUUGGAACAGGUUUUGCUUUUUGUUGGCUGAUUGUAGUUAAGACAUUUUCCUCAAACUAGUGAUCCGAAGUCAUUCCAAAACUCCAAUCAAUCAGUAAGGUUUUAAAGCCAGAGAGGUGUAAACUGGCUUCAUUCUUGAACUAGUCUUUUGCAGAGAAGUAUGAUGGCAAAAGAAAAGCACCAGAAGGAUGGCAGGGGAAAUCCAAACACAAGGCCCUGCUUCUACAAAAUCAUGUGGCCAACAAACUUGAUUCAUUUGAGAAUCCCACCUGCCUUCAAGAAGCAGUUAUUGAAUGAACAAACUGAUAGGGCAACCCUGAGGAGUCCCUGUGGAAAUUGGGAUGUUAAAUUGCUGCAAGAAAACGGAGACAUAUAUUUUGCGGAGGGCUGGCAAGAUUUUGUGAGGCAUCACUCUCUCGGCAGUGCAGAAUUCUUACUCUUCAAUUAUAACGGAAAAAUGUCAUUUGAUGUGGUGAUUUUUGGCAUAAAUGGGUGUGCUAGAAACUAUGAGUCAGCUGCGAAAUCCGGUCAAGAAUCCGUGUCUUCAUUCACCUCCACUUUUCCUUUCUUCAGAUACAGCAUCAAAGGCUACAAUCUUGGCUCCAGAAGUACUCUGCUCAUUCCAAAGGCUUUCUCAAGAAUACACCUUCGGCCAUCCAGACAGAUAGUGAUCCUGAAAAAUUUGGAAGGGAUCUCUUGGAGAGCUAGCAUUCUUGUUAAUAGUAGCAAACAUCUUUCCAUUACUGGAGGGUGGAAGGCCUUUUCGGAUGAUAAUUCGAUCAAGAACGGAGACGUCUGCAUUUUUGAGCUGGUUGAGCAAAAUACAAUGCAAGUCCAUAUUUUCAGAUGAAGCUUAAUUCCCAACUCUAUUCUGUCUUCUUAUUAAUAUGAAAAAAUUUGGAGAUGGAAAUAUGUGGAAACUCCCAAGUGCUAGAUGCAAAACAUAUUUGCUGGAAUUAAUGGAUCCCCUCAUCUCAAGUUGUUC